GAGAGAAGCAGUGAUUGAAGGAGAGCAGAGCGGCGACGCCAUCUUAGAGCUCCGCGGCAGCGCACACUCAUCUCCUGCUGGAUUUUAUUUUUUUCUGCUUAGACAAACCUUCCGCCCGCCAGACGAGGGAAGAAGAAGAAGACAGCGUUUGACUUCGCCGCUGUUCAACUCGAAGUCGGGAUGCAGUUCCUCGGGAAUAAACAGUUUGCAUCCGCUGCCGGACUGGUCCUCGGACUAUUAUGCGCGGUGGAGGCAGCGAAAGUCAAUAAGCACAAACCAUGGAUUGAGACGACAUACCAUGGGAUCGUGACAGAAAAUGAUGACAAAGUUCUUCUGGACCCUCCUCUAAUUGCGCUGGAUAAGGAUGCUCCUUUACGCUAUGCAGAGAGUUUUGAGGUGAUCCUCACCAAUGAAGGGGAAAUUUGCGGCUUCAGGAUCCAUGGUCAGAAUGUCCCCUUCGAGGCCGUGGUCCUGGACAAGUCCACUGGCGAGGGCGUUAUCAGGGCCAAGGACAAGCUGGACUGUGAGCUGCAGAAGGAGCACACAUUUACUAUUCAAGCCUAUGACUGUGGAGAGGGUCCCGAUGGGGCCAACAUGAAGAAAUCCCAUAAAGCAACUGUCCACAUCCAAGUGAACGACAUCAAUGAAUAUUCACCAGUGUUCAAGGAGAAGACCUACAAAGCCACUGUUAUUGAGGGAAAGAAAUAUGAUAGCAUCUUGAAGGUGGAGGCAGUGGACGCCGACUGCUCAUUCCAGUUCAGCCAAAUCUGCAACUAUGAGAUUGUGACCCCUGAUGUGCCCUUCAGCAUCGACAAAGACGGAUUCGUCAAGAAUACAGAGAAACUGAGCUACGGCAAAGAGCACAUGUAUAAGUUGACUGUAACCGCCUAUGACUGUGGAAAGAACCGGGCCUCCGAGGAUGUUCUGGUGAAGAUCAGUGUGAAACCCACCUGCAAACCCAGCUGGCAAGGCUUUAAUAAGAGGAUUGAGUAUGAGCCUGGUACAGGUAGCCUGGCCCUCUUUCCCAGCAUGCACUUGGAGACCUGUGAUGAGCCAAUCACCUCCAUCCGAGCCAGCAUUGAAUUGGAAACCAACCACAUUGGAAAAGGCUGUGAUCGUGACACCUACUCUGAGAAGUCACUGCACAAGUUGUGCGGGGCUAGCUCUGGUACCGUGGAGCUCCUUCCUGCACCCAGCAGCUCAGCCAACUGGACGGUAGGACUUCCCACUGACAAUGGGCAUGACAGCGACCAGGUGUUUGAGUUCAAUGGCACCCAGGCCAUCAAGGUUCCUGAUGGUACGGUGAGCACCACUCUGAAGGAGCCCUUCACCAUCUCUGUCUGGAUGAGGCACGGCCCCGGAGUCCACGAGAAAGAGACCAUCGUCUGCAACGCUGAUAAAACAGAAAUGAACAGACACCACUACUCGCUCUACGUCCACAACUGCAGACUUAUCUUCCUCCUACGCCAGGAUCCAUCGGAGGCAGAGAACUACAAACCAGCAGAGUUUCACUGGAAACUCGACCAGGUGUGUGACAAAGAGUGGCAUCACUAUGUGCUCAAUGUGGAGUUCCCCACUGUUUCCCUGUUUGUGGAUGGGACCACCUUUGAGCCCUUCCUUGUUACAGAGGACUACCCUCUGCAUGCUUCCAAGAUUGAAACUCAGCUCACCAUUGGUGCCUGCUGGCAAGAAAACUCAGGACAUGACAAUGACACUGAGACAGCCCCUGAGCCCACCUCAGGUGCAAAUGCUCGAAUGGCUCAGUUUUUCAGAGGAAACCUUGCAGGACUGAUCAUCCGCUCUGGCAAGCUGGAGAACAAGAAAGUGAUCGACUGUUUGUACACCUGCAAAGAAGGACUGGACGUGCAGCUGCCUGAGGAGGUAGCUUCUGCUGUCAAGGUGGAUUUUAACCCCAACCAGUCGUCUCUGACUGUGGAAGGAGACGACAUUGACGCCUUUGAUAAAGUCAUGCAGCACAUCUCCUACUUGAAUUCUCGCCAGUUCCCAACUCCUGGGAUAAGACACCUUCGUGUCUCCACCACUGUCAAAUGCUUCAACGAGGAUGCCUGUGUAACGGUGCCUGAUGCUGAAGGUUACGUAAUGGUGCUGCAGCCAGAGGAACCCAAGAUCAGCCUGAGUGGAAUUGACCACUUUGCCCGCAGCGCUGCUGAAUUUGAGAGCCAGGAGGGAGUGACACUGUUCCCUGAGCUUCGCAUUGUUAGCACCAUCACCCGUGAAGUAGAGGCUGACGCAGAGUCUGACGCUGCAGAGGGGGCUGACGAUGACCCCACAGUACAAGAGACGGUGGUCUCAGAGGAGAUCAUGCAUAACUUGGACAUGUGUGAAGUGUCUGUGGUGGGAGAUGAACUGGACGGGGAACACGAGAGCCUGGAGGUGGAGACCAACCAGCUGCAGCAGCGCGCCCUGGAGAUGAGCUCCUCUAACCUGGGCCUCAUCAUCACUGGUGUGAACACCAUGGCUAACUACGAGCAGGUCCUGCACCUCAUCCGUUACAAGAACUGGCACACCGAAGCUCUCUUUGACAGGAAAUUCAAGCUGGUCUGUUCUGAGCUCAACGGUCGCUACAUCAGCAAUGACUUCAAGGUUGAGGUCAAUGUGAUCCACACAGCCAGUCCUGUGGAGCAUGCCAACAAUGCUAUGGUGCAGCCCAACUUCAUCAACCCUGUCCAUCACGCCUCUGUGGAUCUGUCUGGCCACAACUUGGUCAACGCACAUCAGGGCUCAGUGGUUCCCAGCGCUGCCACCAUUGUUAUUGUGGUGUGUGUCAGCUUCCUGGUGUUUAUGAUCAUCCUGGGCGUGUUCCGUAUCCGAGCUGCACACCAGAGCACCAUGAGAGACCAGGAGAACGGCAAGGAGAACGAGAUGGACUGGGACGACUCUGCUCUCACCAUAACUGUUAACCCUAUGGAGACGUACGAGGACCAGCACAGCAGUGAGGACGAGGAGGAGGAAGAGGAGGAGGAGAGUGAGGACGGGGAGGAGGAAGAUGAUAUCACGAGUGCUGACUCAGACAGCAGCGAGGAUGAGGAGGCCGGAGAGCCGGAGGACCAGCAGGCGGCCAGCAGACAGCAGCAGCUGGAGUGGGACGACUCCACCCUCACCUACUGAGACGACAAACACCAGCUCUGACAGACAAACAAACACACUGACACAUCACCGACUCCCACUCACUGCUACACACACACACACACACACACACACUCACACACCCCUCCUUACAGUUUCAUGUCUAGGAGCCAUGAUGUAAAAAAAAAAAAAAAGGAAAAAAAACCCUCAAGCAUAUAUAUGGUCAAGGCUUUCCUGUCGUUAUGUUUGUGGUGGUACUCAGUGUAGUGUAGUUAUCACCGGAUUGCUGAUUUUUACUUUUUAUUUUUUUAUUUAUUAUAUCUCAACUCCCAGGAAAACUUGGCCUACAUUUGUUUUGAACUGUGUGAGGAAGCCAACCCUGCACUUUUUAUUUGGUCUCAGACACGUUGAGGCUUUUGGAAGGAGAAUUGUUUUCUUAUCCUAAUGUAUAUUCUUUGCUAAUGCAUUUCGAUUUGUUUGCCGCUAAACUUUAACAGCUUUGACUUCGGUUUUCUUCAGUUCGUAGUCCACAGGGAAACAUUUUAACAAGUAGCCUGCAUUUUCUCUCUUUUUAUUAUUUUUUUAAUUUAUUUUUUUUCUUGUUUUAGUGCAUGAGGAAAUUUGGGGAAGUCUUACGUGUAGAGAAACAAAUUACUUUUUAAAGAUUUUGUAAAUAUGAAGAAACCAUGUAAUUAGUCAAUGUGUUAGUAAAGACCCACUCAGCUGGGUCUAAUAUCUAAAAUGACGCAAGAUGUAAUGUAGAAUAUUUGUGUCUCACAGGUUGUAGCAUGUUGCUAAAUUUCUGCAAAAGGUGUUCCAUCAUGCUUGUACAAAGCGUCUGCCUCAUGAUGAGAAACCCAGGACUGUUUCGCGGAGGUUUCCAUGGCAAAGUGGUGUCCAUUUUGUAUUUUCAGUUUCUGCAACGAGUGAAAUGAGUUCUUUUGUUUUUCUCGUGGGCAGGACCGCUUGAUGGCUUCAGCUCUAUUCGUGCUUUGCUUUGCUUGCACAGGUGGCAACGCUCGACUCCUGGUGUUCGUGUUAUUUCAUUUCCAGUAGAGCUCACUGUUGUACAGAAGGGAUUUUAUUUUUGUCCGGAGUCAUCACACUCAUGUACAAAUCAGCAUUCGGUGUGGUACUUCACAAACAGCGGGUUAGGAGGGCUGUUUUAUCUUUAAAUAUAGGUACUUAAAAUUUCUGCCGACUUGCUCGGACAAGCGGAGAUUCACUCAGCAGCUUUAAAGCCUUUUCUUCCAGUCCUGCUGCGCUUAAAGGAGGUGGAAAUAAAACCUCUCAAACUACUGAAAGAGCUUCGUUUAUGAGAGACUGAGGUUUAGUGGAGACUGGUUGAAUAGUGCAAUAGAGCUGGCGUUGUUUUUGGGAGGAGAAAUGACGUGAACGGGUUUGUUAGAUUUGUCUUUGUUGCAAAUUUAUUUUCCAUGGCUGAUUAAUCCUUGAAAUAACAGAUGCAUUUUUAAACUGUUUUCAUAUUGCAAAAGUAUCCCAGACUUUAUUGCAGUUCAACGAUUUACAUCUUUGAGUACAACUGUGUCGUUUACAGCAGGGAAACACUUUAAAAAUGGAUUUGUCUUAUUUGAAUCUUAAACUGGGAUAUUUUUUUUUUUUUUUUUUUGCAAUAGACCACUUGAUUUUCUUGUAAAUGGAGCUGUACUUUAGAGUUGAUCUAAGAUAUUUGUUUACAUUUGGUAAACUUUACUUUUCGUGCUGGUAUUGGUAUGAAACUUAUACAACUGAUUGGGGGGAAAAUGUGCCCAACCUUUAUUUCUUCUCAGACACUAUUGUCCAAAACUGUUGUAAAUACAUUUCACAAGAUCUGAUAACUAAGGAAUUAACACUUUAAACUGUCUGUUGUUCGCCUCAUGCAUCAGGUACUCAGAGCUGCAUAAAGACCAGAUUUGGGGCAUUGAAGUGUGAAGAAAGAGGCAUUAAAAUGAUGACAGAAGUUGGUGGCGUUUUCACAUUUUGCAUGUAAAUUUUUUUUUUACAUUUCUUUUUUUCUUCCUUUUUUAGGGGCCAAAAUGGAUUUAAUAAUAAUUAAAAAAGAAAAAAAAAAACAUUUGAGCCUCUUUUUGGAGACAGGAGCUUCUUUUAAGGAUUCAAGUCAGAGUUGACUUUAAAGUUCUAUUAAUUUUAUUUUCAUUUUAAUGUUUUUUGUGGGAAAGAAAAUAGUGACCAGUCUCCCUUCCAUGAUGAUUGAGACCCGUAAAACAUGGGGCCAGGUCUGAGCCGGCUGAGAUGGGAGUGCCUUUUGCCAAUCAUAGUGUAAUUAGCAGGUCUAACAAAGAUAUACUUUUCCAUGCUCUUUUAUUCGUGACUUUUGUUUUUUUAUUUGUCUAAUGCUAGAUUUCUUAUGUCGCUGAGGAAACAAUUUCCCUCAGUUUGUAACAAUAGUCCGCCGCUAGUUUUCUUAAAGGUGAACACAUGUUACAUAGGUGUUGUGUCCUUGUUAAUGUGUAGAGGAAGUAGGUCCAUAUUGUAUCUUCUAUAUCUGUUGUACUAAAAUCAUAUUGACAGAGCCCACCUUGAAAAGAUGUACAAUACAAUAUGAAUUGCUUUGGCAGCAUACAUGGGAGCACCGCUAACUGACCUGUCUGUGUACAGUGAGGGAUGAUUUUGAACAGUUUCUUACGUUCUUAGUGGUUGAAAAAUAGUUUUUGAGGGCAGCGUAAAAAAUUCACCUGAUUGCAAUAAACUUCAACCUGAUUUCAUGGCGUCCACUCGUCAGCUCCAGGGCAGAAGCCUAGUACCAUGGAUCACUGAUGCGUGAACACUCACUCCGAAGAGUCCAAGGACUCCACUGUCUGCAGUUUAGUGGGUUAUCUCUUCUCCGAUCAGCCCCAGAGCAAAGACUUACUUCCUAUUAACAUGAAAUCCAACCAACCAGUAACAACACUGUGGGGAAUUGACUUGCAUUAGCCAUAAGUUUGUAUACGUUCCAUGUAGGGGGGCGAGGUUUGAGCCUGGGCCGACAAAGGAGUUGCGAUACACUACUACUGAUUCUCAGAUCGUCUUUUUCACACAACCAUGACACUCCAGCUAAUUUUUUGUUUUCUCACGAUUGUUGGCUCGAAGUUGGAUGAUGGUGGUGUUUUCAGAAUGGUUGAUUCUUCCUUUGUGCUUGUUGGAGCUGCUCUCACUUUUCUACCAAUUGAAAGACAAAUUGUAGUGAAGUUGAUGCUUGCUUGUGAACAGAAUAAAGGAUAAUGAGAU